CCAAACCCAAACCCAAACCCAAACCCAAACCCAAACCCAAACCCAAACCCAAACCCAAACCCAAACCCAAACCCAAACCCAAACCCAAACCCAAACCCAAACCCAAACCCAAACCCAAACCCAAACCCAAACCCAAACCCAAACCCAAACCCAAACCCAAACCCAAACCCAAACCCAAACCCAAACCCAAACCCAAACCCAAACCCAAACCCAAACCCAAACCCAAACCCAAACCCAAACCCAAACCCAAACCCAAACCCAAACCCAAACCCAAACCCAAACCCAAACCCAAACCCAAACCCAAACCCAAACCCAAACCCAAACCCAAACCCAAACCCAAACCCAAACCCAAACCCAAACCCAACCCAAACCCAAACCCAAACCCAAACCCAAACCCAAACCCAAACCCAAACCCAAACCCAAACCCAAACCCAAACCCAAACCCAAACCCAAACCCAAACCCAAACCCAAACCCAAUUGAAGAAAUUAUUGUGGAAAUUUAUAAAUAUGUAUCCCAUUCGGAUAUCAUCCACAAAAUGUCAAAAGUAGCUUCUGAGUGGAGAAGUGCUGUUUUUAAAGUAAAAUCAUUGGAACUUUUAGUUUCCGAUAGAAAAUUCACAACCGAAACAUUACAUUCUAUAUUUUACAGUCCACUUUUAAGUAAUGUAGUUCUACUCUCUUUGGAAAAUUGUGGAUUGACUGAUUCUGAUAUUAAAAUGCUAUGUGAAAGUUGUAAUGACGGAAAUUUUAGAAAUUUAAAAGAUUUAUUGAUUGGAAGCAAUCCUAUUUCAAUCAAUUCGGUUAUUGCCAUUCAUAAUAGUGAAUUGGUGAAUAUUUUAAAACAAUUGUAUUUUGAAGAUACACUAAUUACUGUAGAUGGCAUGAAAGAGUUCAUUCAUCAAGCUGAAUCACAUAAGAAAGUGGUAUGGCUUUAUUCGAUUGGAUAUUUUUUAAGUAUGGAAGGGAAUAAUGAAGAAAGUUUGGAAUAUUAUAAAAUGGCAGCCGAGUUGGGAGAUGUAGAUUCAUUCUAUGAACUGGGCGUAGCGUAUAGCAUGCAAGAUAUUGAGCAGAGUAAAUAUUGGCAUGAAAAAGCUGUUAAACAAGGACAUCAAAAUGCUACAGCUUCUCUUGCAGAGAUUUAUCUUAAAAAGGGAGAUUAUAAGCAAGCUUUUGAGUUUUUUUCACAAGCAGGUGAAAAAGGAUGUGCUUAUUCAAUGAAAAAUAUUGCGUUCAUGUAUGAAAAUGGACAAUAUGUAGAACAAGAUUAUUCAAAAUCAAAGAAAUGGCUUCUGAAAUCAACUGCAUUUGGAGAUAUAGCUUUACACGAGUUGGGAAUGAGAUAUUUGAAUGGUAGCUUUGGAUUUGAAAAAAAUUUGCAGAAAGCCAUUAGAUACUUUCAAUCCCAAUACCAUCCAAGUGAGUCAAGCUAUCAACUGGCACUCAUGUAUUUGGAAGGUAAUGAAUAUAUUCAAAAAGAUGCUUUGAAAGCAAUUGAAAUAUUGGAAAAAGCUUAUGAUACGAAUGCAGCAUUGCUACUAGGAUCAAUAUAUGCUAAGGGAGUCGAAGGAGUAGUUCCAAAAGAUAUUAAAAAGGCAAUUGAAGCCUAUUACAGAGCCUAUAAUAAUCCAGAAGGAGCCCUACAGAUUGGAAUAUUAUAUUUGGAAAAGUUCAAAACAGAGGAAUCAUAUUUCCAUUAUAUGGCUAAAGGAAAAUUUGAAGAAGCAGCCAAUGCAGGAUCGGUAGAAGCCAUGUUUAGGUUAGCAGAGCUUUUGAAAACAACUUUCAAAGAUUUAGAUGAAUCAGACCGAAAUUACUCUAUGGCAGCUAGUAACAAUCAUGUUAUAGCUCAAUAUCAACUAGCUCUGUAUCACAAAGAGGGUAUUAGAAAUUUUGAGAAGAAUCCUGAAAAGGCUAAAUAUUAUUUUGAACAAGCAGCUAAUCAAGGACAUUCUGGAGCACAAUAUGAGUUGGCUGUAAUAUUAUCCCCAGAAAAUUACGAACAAUCUUUAAAACUAUUGAAUUUGUCAAUUGAGCAAGGCAACAGUUUUGCAAUGGACAUGUUGGCAAAAUGGUACUUAAAAGGCACUGGUGUGGGAAAAGAUGAAAAGAGAGCUGUCGAAUUAUUAGAAAAGUCAUGUGAAAUUGGAGGUUGCUCCAAUAGCUAUUAUGAACUCUCCUUACUUUAUGAAGCUGGAUUAGGUUGUGAGGUCAAUAAGGAAAGAGCUGCAGAAUUGAAAGGAAAGGCAAUUGAAUUGGGAGAAGCGAGAUCUCUAAUUGAUCAAUUCUUCUUUUUCGAAGAUGCUUAAUGAAUUACGAUCAUUUUUUAU